AAAAAACAUUUUCGUCGGCGUUAUUUUUGGCAUUUUUAAAAAAUUUAUUUCUACCCCAAACAAAAUUUAAUUUAAAAAAAAUAUUUUUUAUAAAAUUAAUUACAAUAAAUAAGCACAUUUUUUCUCAUAUAACACGUUUUUGCUUAAAAUAUUCCCUUUAACUUUUUCCACGCAUUCCUUUCGUAAAACGACAUUCUUACAAAACUUUCUACUUUCUAUAACGUAUCCUUAAGAAGCUUUUACUUUUAUAAGUAUAUUUCCUCCUCAAAACGACUUAACAUCCCCGCAAAGCAAAAUGGCCGUAACAAAGCUUGGAAUUAAUGGAUUCGGACGUAUCGGACGUUUGGUGUUCAGAUCGGCUUAUGAAAGGAGUGACGUCGAGGUAGUCGCGGUGAAUGACCCAUUUAUGGACAUGAAGCACUUGUGUUACUUGCUCAAGUAUGACUCCGUCCACGGUGUAUUCCCAGGAGAGGUAACCCCAGGCGAUGGCUUCUUCACCAUUGGUAACAAGAAAAUCUUUGUGCACAGCGAAAAGGACCCAGCAAAUAUCCCAUGGGGCAAAUACGGAAUUGAUGUUGUGUGCGAAUCGACUGGUGUGUUCUUAACCAAGGAAUUGUCUAGUGCACAUCUUAAGGGAGGUGCAAAGAAGGUUAUCAUGUCCGCCCCACCAAAGGAUGACACCCCUAUUUAUGUUAUGGGUAUUAACCAUGAAAAGUAUGAUCCAAAACAAACCAUCGUUUCGAAUGCAUCAUGUACUACCAAUUGUUUAGCUCCAAUUGCAAAAGUACUUAAUGACAAAUUCGGAAUUGUUGAAGGUUUGAUGACCACUGUCCAUGCUUCGACCGCCAACCAGUUGGUAGUUGACGGACCAUCCAAGGGUGGAAAGGACUGGAGAGCUGGUAGAUGUGCAUUGAACAACAUUAUUCCCGCAUCCACUGGUGCAGCUAAGGCAGUAGGUAAGGUCUUACCCGAAUUGAAUGGAAAACUCACAGGUGUUGCCUUCAGAGUCCCCAUUGGUACCGUAUCAGUUGUUGAUUUAGUGUGCAGAUUGGAAAAGCCAGCGAAAUAUGAAGAAAUUGCUGCCCACAUGAAGAAAGCAGCAGAAGGACCACUCAAGGGAAUAUUGGGCUACACUGAAGAUGAAGUUGUGUCCCAAGAUUUCGUCCACGAUAAGAGGUCCUCCAUUUUUGACAUGAAAGCUGGUCUAGCAUUGAAUGACAACUUUUUCAAAAUCGUCUCAUGGUACGAUAAUGAAUGGGGAUACUCAAACCGUGUACUAGACUUGGCUGUCCACAUAACAAAACAUUAAGUUGUUUUGGCCGCGG